UGCCUUCUCUAACCGCCACCGAUGCAGUCGUCACCCCCUCUGCCGGCGGUGGGAGCGCAUCGCCGCCGCCAGCCUCCAGCGCCAUCCGCUCCCGCCUACCUCGCCGCGACGCUGUCGUUCCUCGUUCUCGCAGCGCUCGCCUACUCCCGCGCCGCCUUCCCCCGCUUCCCGCACCCGCCGGCCACCCGCCUGUGCCGCACCGACGCCGAGGGUUCCUGGUCCGCCGGCGUAUUCCUCGGGGACUCCCCCUUCUCCCUCAAGCCAAUCGAGCACUGGGGGAUCUCCAGUGGCGGUGGAGCGGCGUGGCCGGUGGCGAACCCAGUGGUGACGUGCGCGGACGUGGCGGGGGCUGGAUUCCCCAGCAGCUUCGUCGCCAACCCCUUUCUCUUCAUCCAGGGGGAUGCCAUUUAUAUGUUUUUCGAGACUAAAGACCCUGUUACUUUACAAGGCGACAUUGCUGCUGCCAUUAGCAAGGAUGCCGGUGCAACAUGGCAGCAGCUGGGUGUAGUGUUGGAUGAGAAGUGGCACCUUUCUUAUCCUUAUGUGUUUAGCUAUGAAAACAAGACAUACAUGGUGCCUGAAAGCAGCAAAAAAGGGAACCUUCGAUUGUAUUACGCUGUGGAUUUUCCCUUUAACUGGAAAUUAGAAAAAGUCCUUAUGGAGAGGCCACUUGUAGAUUCAGUCGUCAUAAAUUUCCAGGGUUCCUAUUGGCUCCUUGGAUCUGAUAUAAGUUCUUAUGGCUCGAAGCAGAGAGGAGAACUCUGUAUUUGGUACAGCAGCUCUCCUCUUGGUCCAUGGAACCCGCACAAGCAGAACCCAGCUCAUAAUAAUAAGGACAACAGGCCGAGUGCCAGAAAUGGAGGCAGGCCAUUCAUCUACAAUGGCAAUCUUUAUCGCAUAGGCAAAGACCGUGGUGCUGAAUCUGGCUAUAAUAUCCAAGUGUUCAAAGUUGAAGUCCUGACAGCAAAUCAAUACAAGGAAGUUGCGGUCUCGUUUGACCUUGAGAAACCCUUCAAGGGCCGAAAUGCAUGGAAUGGUGCAAGAUCCCAUCACCUUGAUAUCCAGCAGCAUCCAUUAGGUCAGCUUUGGAUUGGGGUAAUGGAUGGAGACAGAGUGCCCUUGGGUGACUCGGUUCAUCGUCUCACUGUAGGCUACAUGUUUUAUGGUGUUGCUUCGAUUUCAGUUCUGCUUCUCGGUGUGCUUAUUGGUGCGAUCAAGUGCAUCUUACCACUCAGAUGGUAUUUACCACAUACUGAAAAACGGAGUGACACCUUGAAAACUGAGAAGCAGGUCUUUCUAUGCCAUAAGUUUAGUUCGCUUAUCUGCAAUGUUAACAAGUUGGGAUCUCUUAUUGGUGGAAGAAUUAAUUACAGAGGUCGGAAAGGCAGAGUUUACAUAGCUGUAAUAUUAUUGAUAUUAGUGGUCCUAACCUGUUUUGGGACUCACUUUAUCUUUGGUGGCAAUGGAGCAGAAGAGUCGUAUCCUGUUAAGGGCAGGUAUUCACAGUUCACAUUGUUGACCAUGACGUAUGAUGCCCGACUUUGGAAUCUGAAGAUGUUUGUGGAGCAUUACUCCAAAUGUGCAUCAGUCAGGGAGAUUGUAGUGGUCUGGAACAAAGGUCGACCCCCAUCCCUAGGUGAAUUGAAGUCGAUGGUGCCUGUUAGGAUCAGAAUUGAAAAUAAAAACACACUAAACAACAGAUUCAACAUAGACAAAGAAAUUAAGACAAAAGCUGUUAUGGAGCUUGAUGAUGAUAUCAUGAUGACAUGUGAUGACUUAGAGCGUGGAUUCAAGGUUUGGAGGGAGCAUCCUGAUAGGAUUGUUGGUUACUAUCCACGCCUUGCUGAGGGCAGGCCUCUGGAAUACCGCAACGAGAGGUAUGCUCGGCAACAAGGAGGUUAUAACAUCAUACUGACAGGAGCAGCAUUUAUGGAUCAUGAGCUGGCCUUUAAGAGAUACUGGAGCGAAGAGGCUGAAAUAGGAAGGCAGAUUGUUGAUAGUUUCUUUAAUUGUGAGGAUGUUCUCCUGAAUUUCCUGUUUGCAAAUGAAAGCUCGACGAGUACAGUGGAGUAUGUAAAACCAGCUUGGGCAAUUGAUAUGUCUAAGUUCUCAGGAGUAGCCAUUAGUCGUAACACACAGGCACAUUACCAUAUUAGGAGUAAAUGCCUUGCUAUAUUUUCAGGAAUCUAUGGGAAUUUGACUUCCAAGAGGUUCUUUAACAGCCGAGGUGAUGGCUGGGAUGCAUAAUGACAAAGAUAUCUAGGUAGCUUCUUCUUGAUUCGAAAAGAGCCUGAUCAGCAAUGUUUAUAAUUAUAAGGUAGUAACUCGAGUUUUGGAUGAGUGCAGUGUGAUUCAUAGUUUGUUGGCACAUCCCUAUGUGUAAGUUUCUCAAAGAUUCUUCCUUUUGUGUGUGCCAUGUCCUUGCACUGAAAUCGAUUACUAAAUCCAUUAUAAGUCUAAUCUUUUCAAAUUCUUAAUGAGAUCUGUACUGUGUCUGGGUCAGUAAACUGUAAUUAUGGUACUGUUCAUGCAACUGCAACUCUAUUCUAGAACAAAUGCUUUGAUCUCCCUUCAGAUAACCAGAGCCAGAGGUUAUCAUGAAGUAUUCCUGAUUAUUUAAAUUUGCACAAUUACAUUACAUGACUGAUGCUACCAGAAAAGAAAAGUCGGGAAUUCGUUGUGUGCAAUUGUCAGACUUCAUUCCAUGAGAGAUUGGUAUGUACUUCACGUUUGUAGCUCUGCACUUUGAUCAGUAGAAAGUAUCAAGGAAAGUCUUUUUUCAUCUUUAACCAAGUGACAGUAAACCUACAUUUUCUCAUCUUCUUGCAAAUGCAGGUCAUGUUAUUUAUGGUACAUGAUUGAAUAAAUAAUGGAAUCACUGCCACAAGAAGUCAUGAAGUCAUGCUGCUUGAAUCAAAACUUGAAGUUCUUCUUUAGGUAAACCACCACCUCUUGCUGCAAAAAAUUUGUGGCAUAUGGGUCAAUGUUCUAUUUUUUAAUGCACUAAGCCUUUGGUUCUUUCAGGAAGCUGCAAGGUCCAAUUUACUUACAAUCAAGCAAAGGACAACGCAACCUGCAGCUCCAGGAAAAAGUGCAUACCAAAAUUGCAAAUUGUGAAACUUCGGGCCAUCAAUAAAUAAGAGGGGCAAGCUUGCAGCUGCAAGAACCAGAUAUAAGCAGCAGUUAAAACAAGAGUUCAGCAAAGCACAGAUGAAAUGCAACGCAACCAGACUGCGUAUUUCUCAUCGGAGUUUUACCUGGAGGAUGUGAGGCACCUGUGAUGGUCAUGAACGCUAUGCAGGCAGAAAGAGCUGCAGCUCUUGCUAACCAGCCUGGCCCAAACAACGAAAGGGCCAAUACACCUAAUGCGGCACAACCAAUCUGUGCAACGAACAUAUUGUAUUUCUGCAAGUUUUUACCACCUGUGUUAGUAUAGAUGAAACACAACUUUUGGUUCGUCAUAAGAGUAGGUACAAGUUUGUACAGUCGCAACUCCCAAAUCAACUGAAAGGUUAGUAUUGAUUAUCAUAGAUGAAUUCCAGGAGCUUUUGAUUUGCUGUAAGAGAGUGCUACAAGUUUCUAAAAUCUCAAAUCAUCUCAGAAUGGAAGAUGGUUCACUGUAAGUAGUCUGUAACAAUGCCAUUUUACUGUGCUGGAAACCUACACAACUCGUCAACUCCACAAGCAUAUGCUGAUGGGCAAAAGAAUUCCUUUGGCAGUAAAUGAUGAA